AUCGUUCAACUUCAAGUGGUACAUCCUCGUUUAAGCCCAGCCGAUCACUGGUUUCUAUUCCCACUGCCCAUGUGAUGCCGUCUAAUGCCAGCUCUUCACUUUCCAAGCACAGGGAAGCUUUCAAGUCUGAUGGCUCAAAAUGGAGUACAAGCUUUGUACGGUCAGGAGGAGGCAGAAAUCAGGGUGCCCUGGACAAUUCUCUUGACAUGAAAGAUGCAAGACCUGUAAGAAAAUGGUCCUCCUUGUCUAAACUCAGCUCACCAAAUACCUUCAGCCAAGAUGGCAGUAGUCAUUCAGUGGACUCCAGGGCUAGUACGGACAAAGCUGUGUCACCACAAUUAAGGACAAAUGGGCCAAGUUGUUUGCAUGACAGCAUGGAGUUGCUAAAAAUUGAGGACAAAGAAAUGGGGAAAAAACGAUCUUCUCUACUGGACUGCAAAUACAAAUUUGAAACGUGCAGCAAAGACGAUUUUGUUUCAGAUUCCUCAAGUAGGAGACAUGCCUUAGACUUGACCUACAGUGCCUUACCUGAAAGCAAACCUAUGGCAGCCAGUUGUGAAACUUUUGGACAGAGAUACGCAACUCUGGGACAACAGGCUGUGAGCGGAGCUCCCAUACAGCCAGCAGUGAGGACUCAAAUGUGGCUUAAAGAACAGUUACGUGCAAACCCCCUGGACUGCAGGACUGCUGAGGAGCCCUAUGGCGUAGCUGCGUGGCACAUGCAGCAGCCUGAAGAUUUUAGAACGGGAGGUGAACAGCCUGUGCAGCUGGACACAGGUAGCUCUUAAGAGAGUCUUUGGUCACAGUGCAGUGGGGGAAUGCAAAUAUAUUUUGAUCUGAAUGGAUUUACAAAGAGGCUGCAUUUAUGUGUUCACUGA